CAUGUUUUGCCAUGUGCUGAUGGUGAAUUACAUAUUUGUUUUCCAAAAGACGUUAAAUUAUACUGUAUAAAAACAACUAUGAAUAUUUAUAUUAUUUUUAGGAUUUAGAGACAUACAAUGAUUUAUUCAGAACUCGUCACACCCUCUUCAGGGAAUUGUAUUAUAUACGCAAGAACAGGAUUGCUGCUAUAAUGAUAAAAAGAAUAUUGGCUAAAUCAAAUCAAAACCCUAUAAUCAGAUAUGAAGACAGACGAGUGACUUUACCUGAAGCUACACAGAGCAUGCUUGCUUACUCUCAACUCAAUGAUGGGAUUCUCAGUGUCAUUAAAAUAUUGGUUGAUGAUCACGAAGUACAAGAAUUGUCAAGUUGUUUGGACUCUAUGAAAGUUAUUGGUCAGAUUGGUUAUAUUGAACCAACAAUUGAAUGGAAUGUGGAUAGAAUAAAACAAAGCAUUGAAGGAAGCGUUAAAACUGACAAUAUAGCAGGCCACCUCAUAAUUGAUCCUAUAAAGUCUGGAUAUGAGAAUCAUGUAUCUCUCUCACAAUACUAUUACACUAGUGAUGGUAGUACAGGACAAUGGACUGAUAAAUGGGCACAACCAACGCAGAAUGCUAGUGAAUUAAAAAUACGUAUAUUUCUUGUAAGUGGUGACAGAGAACUCAUACAUGAAGUACAAAAAGCACUACAGAAAUUAAUAACAGAUGAACAACGUGAUGGGGGAAUUUAUCCUGAUCAAGAUAAUGAUAAUUUGAUGCCACCACUUUAGAAGCUGGAGCAGAAUUAACAUAAUAAAGACAUACAUGUAAUAUCUCGCUACUUACAUGUACAUGUAGUGUGCUACAACUUAUAAUUAUUAAUUAACACAAGCUGAUUGUUUUAAUAGAAACAGUUUGACAAUUGUCUCAUAA